AUGAAGCUUUCCGCCUUCCCGGUUUCGCUCCUCGCUACCGCGGCUUCGGCGUUGCGGACUGUUCAAUACGGAGCUUUCCUUCCAACCGCGACUUAUUCGGUUGCGAAUCAGCUUGGAUUUUUCACAGCCAAUGGCCUCAACGUUGUCUUCAAUCAAGUCGCCAGCAGCACGGAUGCCUUCAACUCAAUCUUGAACGGGCAGUAUGACAUUCUCACUGCCACUGUCGACAAUGCUCUGAACUAUCGGUUCAACCAAAACCAGAACGUCACAGUUCUAGGGCAACUUGACCAGGGCCCGGACUUGGUGAUCGCUUCUGUUCCGUCCAUCACCGAUAUAUCUCAGUUGAAAGGCAAACCCAUCAUUGUUGACUCACCCUUGAGUGGAUACUCUUACCUGCUACAAUAUGUCCUCUCAAAGGCUGGCUUGACACUCGCCAAUGGGGACUUCUCUUUCAUGACCGUCGGUGGUACCAGCACCCGCUAUGCUGACCUCCUUAAUGGCACCCUGCCCAAUGGCACUGCGGUGUAUGCGACCAUCUUGAACUACCCUUUCACGGUCGAGAGCCAGUCCCUGCCGACCGGAGAAGCACCAAACGUUCUGGCACGCGUCGCCGAUUACGUCGCCCCCAUCACCUCUUCCGCAUUCACAGUCCGGGAGUCAUCUCUAUCCAACAAAACCGAGUCUGCCCUCCUCGCCCGCUUUUUAGCAUCCAUGUAUGCCGCCAACAGAUACCUGCUCAACCCUGCCAACGCAAACUGCUCAGUGAGAGCCAUCGCCAAACAGCUGGGUGUGAGCACAGACGUUGCCUGGCAGGAGUACACGUCCGUGACUGACCCAGUCUCGGGCGAGAUCUCGCCUGGUGGUGAUUUCACAUUCAACAUGGAGGGGCUUCUAAAUGAUGUGAUGGUUAGAUCGAGUUUUGGGGGCUUCAGCAGCAUUUCGGACGACUUCAACUUUACAGAGGCCCUACAGCCUGGGACAGGAAAGCUGAUCGAUUACUCAGUACGGAAUGCUGCGGUUGAUUUGUGGUGGAGGGACAGAGUGGCUCUUACUCGCGAAAAGCACCAAGAGCCAUCUUGUGUGCCACUUUCGAAAUCUCAACUCGUGACCAUGUGUUUCUUGAUUUACGAGGCACAUGAAAUGUGCAAACACCCGGUCCGCACCAGAUCGUCUAACGAGUGGUAUGAACACAGGAAAAUAGAGCCAUGUAGGGACGCCAGGCUCGCUAUGAAGCACUCCCGUCGAAACCCAGAAGAGAGCUACUGUGAUGCAGAAGAUUGCCGCUGGCGGGCAGAGGUCAACCAUGGCCUAGACCUUUUCUGUGCCACCUGUGACAACGCGUACGGAGUCAAUGGUGAUAGACUCGACUCCGCCACCAAUCUGUACUCGGCUUUCAAAACUAAACGGAGUGACUGGGAGUACUAUGGAAAAUUGUCGGACGCGGAGACUGACACAAUUAGAAGGGAUGCAGAAGCACAGCUACGUCGAUAUCACGAGGUGACAGAUCAAGGACCCUACAAUAACUCGUACGCAACUCUCUGCAACCUUUUGGAGGAGUACACUUUGACGUGGAACAAUUAUCUCGAUGCUAAAUUGAAGGAGGAGCAACGAAAACAGCUAGAGAGGGAAGAUGCAGAGAUUUGGAGAGAGGCGCGCCUGAGCAACCGGUUGUCUGACGCUAUGGAGACUGUUAUUUACCCUGCUGGUCGCAACGAUUAUUCAUCACAUCCUGCUCGUCAACGUUCACCUCCUCGGCGACGGCGUAACGGGCCUUCGUCUAGGUCUGAUGAUCGUAAUUGCGUGACCAUGUGA